CCAUGAGUGCCAUGCGCGGUAUGUUAUGCGCAAAAGUGACUUAGAAAUCGUAGAUUUGUUUACAUGAGAGAAUUUGGAGCAAUUUGUCUGCUGUUUUUCAAAUUUACUAUAUCUGUGAUUUUUCGAAUUGGAUAAUUUGCGUGAUCCUACGUUAUGUCUGCCAUAUUUAAUUUUCAGAGCCUGGUGGCUGUAAUACUAUUACUGAUAUGUUCCUGUACCUACAUCAGAUCAAUGGUCCCUAGUUUAUUCGACAAGCGUCUGGGAAAGGUUGGUUUUCAGGGUAUUUUUUGGAAAUGUGCUAGGAUUGGUGAAAGAAAAAGUCCAUAUGUAGCUUUUUGUUGCGUCUUUAUGGCCAUUAGUAUUUUGUUUUGGUCAUAAUAUUCCUAUGGGAGUCAUUUUGGUCCAUGCAUUUAUAUAUUCCCACAAUUUAAUGUAUUUAUGUAUAAAGGCCAGAGGUGAGAAUAAAAAACAAUUUUGAUAUUCAUUUGGUGACAAACAGCUAUAUUUGUCGUUUCAAUAAUACAUAAAAAUACAUUCGUUUAAGCUAGACUUGUAGUCAAAACGAACGUCAUUGCUAAAUGUAUGAUAAUUUUUUUUUCUUAUUUGUCAACACGUUUUUUCCCCAAAGCUAUAUUAUCCAAUUUGAGCACAUUUUCUCAUUGUAUCCUCAUAAUAUAUUUUCCAUCCUAUAAACA